AUGGCCGAGUUUCACCCUGAUUGUUGCUCCAUUGAGGCGCAAGACACCUGCACUGGCCAGCCUACAGCUCCCCAACAGCAUGGCUUCACUGCUUCUAGUCUAGAAAACAAACAACCUUCAGGAGUGCAAGCAGAUACACUAGCUGCAUCCACGGGGCCCAGCAGAAUCAUCAGUCGCGGCUGCGAGCAAACAACUGCCGUCUCUAUUGGUGCUGCGCUGCCGGAUGUGAAGGACUCGGCACCAGAUGCCAAGCCGUGCUCAGUUCAGACUGCAAUCGCAAAUCCCCACAGGAACCCUAAGGCUCUAGACUCCGCAAGUAGCCCCCUGAAAUCUGAAGCCUCAAAAAGAUCUCCUAUGGCGCGCCCAGGUACUUCAGAGUACGACGACAACACAGCAGCUGCACAUGGUCUCGAUCCACCAGUGCAAACGGACCCGCAGCCAAGGGAGUCCUCCGAAUGCCAGACGACAUCUGCAGCCGUCAAUACAGUGGAGAAGGCGCCCGUGGCAUCUUGCGAUCCUCUCGCCAAACAGGAGUCUAGGGUUUCGCAGUUGAGGGCAAAAUUCGAGAGGCAGAGGCAGUCGAUGACUGAGAGCGAAGUCCACCCGUUACAAGAACGCACCCCUUCAUUGGCGAAUCCGAGAAACAGGCGCCAGUCUGAAUGUACGAGGCCUUCCAGCCCGCAUUCCAGCGCAACAGUCAUCCGCCCCUCUCAGUCAGUCAGAGAGAUCAAAUCUCGAUUCGAGGUUCACGAGCAGGCGCAACACCCCGCAGAGACGAUCAUAAGCACCAGCACCAGCAAGGGGACUCCCCCACUUGCUCGCAGGAUUUCAGAAGCCACCCUCGUGCAGCUGGACACAUUAGAUAUUGCUGCACGUUACGGGAAGACAUACAAGUCUAAAAGACGCCCUAGUUCGAAUGCGCAGGAUUCCUGUAGCGAGGAGACAGCUUGCUUCGUCCCGAACACAGACGCGGCGGAAUUAGGCAGCCCUGCUACUUCUGAAUGGACGGCACAAAAAUUAGCACAGCUUGAAAUAUCGGAAAACACACGCCAAGGUGUAGGCGAGUCUGAGACCAGCGCUCAACGAGAUACGCUGACACCUGGGAGAGGUGAUGAAAAUGAUGCUUCUCCUUCUGCCGGCUCGGGCAUGUGUGAAGCCCUCGGAGAAGGGGGAACCGAGAGUGCCGAUACAGAUGGUACUGAUGGUGGACCAUCUGGUGCUGCAGUAGCAGCAACAGACACGAGAACAGGCGAAACAGACGAUCCGUUGACAAGUGUUUGCGGCCACCCAUCCCCUCAGAUUGAGCGCCUCGCUGCCCUCGUCGCUGCGCAAGCAAAGAACUACGGAAAGCGGCUGCCGCGGCGUCUACUAACGCGUCAAGACACAGACGAAACGUAG